UUCAACUUCAAUGCGAAGAAAGAAGUGAAAUAGAAGUUCUUACCAAUUCGAACCUUUCUAAAUACGUAAAUCGAUAACCAAUAAGGCCAACUCCAAUUGAGGAAUUCCAAAGAUGAUGUCUUCAAAGCAGGCUUCUGAAGAUCGAGGAGCUUCUCGUUCUGCUUCAUUGAGGCACACUCCAUUGCAGAUUAUCCAUUUUAUGGGCAAUUUUAUGAGAAUAUGGUCGGUUUACUCAAUGCACCAUUAUUUGUCUCAACAAGGAGCUUCAGUUGUAGGUUUUAUCUUCAGUUGUCUGGUGCCAUCUUCCAUUCUGUUUUUAGCAUUGCAAAGGCCUUGGAAAGGCAGACCACUCUCCAAUACACAGGUUGUACCAUCUAUAAUCAAUGGUGGAAUAAUGGCAUUAUACUUCAUCUUGUGGGGAAAGGGCCUCAAAUCAUGUGGCCCCCUUAGAGCUAUAAUGGCAGAGUAUGCUGGCGCUGUUCUAGGAGUUUUAUCUGCAUUACUGUAUGGACGGAGGGGUUUCAUUUGGAAAAAGGUGGGUGGACUAAUUGCGAUGGUGGGAGCAUUCUACCUCCUAUCUCAAGGAUGGGCUUUGAACACAUACUCACCAAUCUCAUUUAAAGAUAGGGUUGAUGUGGAGAUUGAGACAGAGAAAUUGAUAGGCAUGAAACAAUUGGCAAUUCCCAUCACUGCUGGAAUCUUAUCAGCUUUGAGGAGGGUGAUUGCAAGGCGUGUUUCACUCAAGAAUCAGCUUAAAAGGCGACUUCAUGCAAUAACCAUCACUUCUGCAACGUGCUUUUUGUUUCCUUUCACCAUGUGGGACGUAGUAUUAGGAUCACCUUCUGAGAGCAACACAGAGUUACCAUUUCUAACAUGGGCUUAUCUGAGCACAAUACUAUUUGGAAUUAUCUUAAUUUUCUAUAUCGACAAUAUUGCUGAGGAAAGAUUGCAUAUGGUUUUUUCUUCUCCAAGGCAUUUGGCAGUAGCUGCUGGAUGCAUCAUUAUUAUGGAGAUUGUAUACAAGAUGGACUUUUGUCUACAAGGUUUCCUGGUUUGCUCCACAAUAUUAGGCUUUGGUAUUUACGAAGCCACAUCUUUGGAUCGCUUUAGAAAAGAUUCUUUUCAGCGAACAGACCUAUCAGAUGGAAACUUUGACGACCAAAUUCAGAUGAUUCCACUUCCAACUUAACUUUAUAUCAUGAUGAAUAUGAUCUUUAGCUGCCAGGUUCACUGAGCAUGCAUUGCUCAUUUACUGAUUUCGGCUCUUGUUAUUUUCCCAUGUCAGUGUGGUUUGAGGAGCAGAAUACCGGAAUCUCAUCAAGGCAACUCCUCAAGUUCUAUUACAACUGGGAGUAACCGAGUGAGGCCAAUAUUUGUCACGGAAGGAAGGAUAGGAAUUGAUUCUGGUUCAUUUUUGUCAUCCUUUUUCUGUUUUUCUACAUUUACAAAGAGCUAUUGCUCUCAUUGUAUGUACAGUAAGUUACCCUCUGAUCCAUUAUCCAUCCUUGGAAUAUGGUCAGAUCAUCAUUCACUUGAGAUACGAGAUUUUU